AAAGCUGAUUAGGCAAACGUGAAAAGUGAAAUGACAAAACAUGUUUAUAAGUAGGCCUACCAGCCUAUUAUUCCACUUUGUCAAAAAAUAAUGCACCGUGUGGAUAAUCUAUAUUCAUACAAGGGAAGGAAAGUUGCCACCCUUUCUCAGGAAAACGAAAGUUAUCAGAAUGUACAGUACAACAUGUCCAUAUCUUCGAUAGACUUUCAGUAUUGACACAGACAGAGUUUUGACAGCGUGAAGAAGAGUCGACAAAACGAUCGGCUACAUCAAGAUGAAGUGUCCUGGCUGUGGUCACCAAGUGGAAAAAUCGUCAAAAUUUUGCAGUGAAUGCGGAUUGAGGUUAGCUCCUCAAAUUUGCACCACAGGUGGGACCACUUCAGAGCAUCAAACAUCUGUGGUCCGUGAAGCAGAGCGCCAGAAGGAGGCUGCGCCACUGACGUGGUCGGGGAACAAGACCGACGCGUCUACGAAACACUCCAGUGAAGAACCAGGGGGCAAUGUCAAGAAAAAGAGUGGAGGUUCUUCCAGCGCUAUUGAGCUGAGCACUGACACACGUCAAGAGAAAGAUGAGUUGUCUGGCAGUGAGAGCUCUACUACCGCCACACCUACUGGCCCUCCUGUCAACACUGCCACACCUACUGGCCCUCCUGUCAACACUGCCACACCUACUGGCCCUCCUGUCAACACUGCCACACCUACUGGCCCUCCUGUCAACACCGCCACACCUACUGGCCCUCCUGUCAACACUGCCACACCUACUGGCCCUCCUGUCAACACCGCCACACCUGCUGGCCCUCCUGUCAACACCGCCACACCUGCUGGCCCUCCUCCUGUCAACACUGCCACACCUACUGGCCCUCCUGUCAACACCGCCACACCUACUGGCCCUCCUGUCAACACCGCCACACCUGCUGGCCCUCCUGUCAACACUGCCACACCUACUGGCCCUCCUGUCAACACCGCCACACCUACUGGCCCUCCUGUCAACACUGCCACACCUGCUGGCCCUCCUGUCAACACCGCCACACCUACUGGCCCUCCUGUCAACACUGCCACACCUACUGGCCCUCCUGUCAACACCACCACACCUGCUGGCCCUCCUCCUGUCAACACCGCCACACCUGCUGGCCCUCCAACCAUGCCUAUAGCCUCUCCAAACCCAUCCCCACACCAAACACUGCCAGAAGACCAGGCCAAGGGUCCAUCGAAGGCAAACGUAGACGCACCAGUGAAUGAGCCAAACCAACCUAGUCCUACAUCAGACACACAGGCCUCAUCCACACCCGAGACAGCUGAUCAGAACACAGGAGGACGUGCCUCAGACCCAACUCAACCAGCCAGUAAACUCUUGGAGGAGGAAGAACUGAAGGGGACGUCACACGGGUCAACGGGGCCAUCAAAAAGCCUUGAUGGUGAAGGCAACACAGAGGCUAGAGUUCUGAAUGAACGGAAGACCUCUAGUAACCAGACCGACGAGAAUAUAACAAAUGAAGCAAACUCAAAGAAGUGUGUUGACCAAUCCCAAGUAUCCCUUGGUGAUCAGAGGGGUUCUGACCCAACAGAUGAGCCAAACACUAGUCAAACACAAUCUACUGGUCCAGCUCCCUCAGUAACACAGGAGGUGCCUGAGAAGACAUCUAAGAGAAAAGAUCAGAACAGAACAGAACCUGCCUCAGGUCCAAGUCAAUCAGUAGGGCAGUUGUCAUAUAAAGACGUUCUGGUGGGGACCUCUCAGGAGACGGGAGAUCUGUCCAGGAGGCAAGGGGUUGGCGCCAGUAACUACAGAGACCAGAGCAGGAAAAAUGAAGCAAACUCACAGAACUUUGUUUCUGGAUCCCACAAGGCAGAGGCUGGUGACAAGCCUCAAGAAUCAAGGCAAGAGACUUCCAAGCCAAACAAGGAACCAGAGAAGCUGAGUAAUACGGGUGGUGGAGAUGCAUCCAAGUCAUCUACUAUUGACGCCACAGUUGCAGGGAAAGAUCUGCCUCCGAACCAACGUAAUGAAGACUGCUUCCAGCAUCAGCCACUGCCUCCUCAGCUGCCACCAAGAACACAACAGGUCCCUAGGAGUGAUGACCUCACCAUCUAUUUCCAUGCUGUCAUUUCCAAAGACUUCAAACUGAACUCAACUGACCGGAUAUUCUUAAGAUCUGGAAGUCUUUUUGGAUCUUGGGACAUAAAUGUUGUGGAAAUGUUUAUCGUCUGGUAAGGUCUUUAAUGAAAA